AUUGUGGUCACUGAAAUGUAUUGUUAGUUUUUAAAUAGAAACGUCCGGGUAACUAACAUAUUCUAAUAUUAUAUGCACUGCAGUCGUGCUCAUUACAUAAUGGAUAGAAGAGGAAUUAUAUUCAUAUGGGUUUCUUUAGUUGCAGUACAAUAUUCUGUGCACUGCUGUGAAGAAAAUGUCCGGCUUCUAAAUGAUCUAGAACUCAGGGGUUCUGGGAGACAAUCCAACUUUUGGAAUGGAGGAAACGACAUAGUCUUAAAUGAUGCAGACCUUAUACCUGGAUGGUACAGUACAACACUUUACGGUUGGCAAUACCUCAUGACAGAUAUUACCAGUGAACCAAACUUCUUGAAAUGUUCUACAUAUUUGCCAAUCUACUUGAAAGCGAACCAUACGUUGGUGAAUAAUCUUGGAGAGGAUCCGACUGACAUAGUCGCUUGUGUUCGUGAUGAUAAAACCCUUGUAGCACAAAAUAUUCAAUUCAAGUGAGAAAAUGCAACGACGACGUCCAAUAUAAAUUGAAACCAACUACCCGGUACAGCGCCUAUUGUUUCG